CCGGCGGGAUGUGGGCGUGGCCUUUACCAGCACCGCUUCCUCGAGGGAGAGAGUGAGCAUGCGCAGUCGUCACCUCCAGUCAGUCGGUGAGUGAGCCUCUCUGUGUCCUCGUUGGCGGUCCUGGGCUGAAGCGAGCCGGGCAGCGUCUUUGCCAUGUUUUGGAAUGCGGGUCCUCAAAGAUGUAUCUUAGUGCUUCAGCUUUAUCUGUUGGGUUUCUCUUUCUGUGUGAGAGCCAGCAAAGAUGCCUCAUCACAGUCUUCCAUCACAGCAGACUCCUUCCUACAGGACCUCUUCCUCCGUUAUGGCGAACAUGACACACUUACUCUGCAGCAGCUUAAAUCUCUCUUGAACCGCCUUGAUGUGGGAGUCGGACGCAACAACAUUAGUCACACAGAGCAGCAGCACAAGAAUCUCUCCUGGUGCUUCAGUUCUUCAGACCUGUUUGCCACCCACAAUCUGAGUGAAGGGUCCCACAUUGGCCAAAGUGAGUUCCAAGAAUUCUGCCCAACUAUUUUGCAACAGCUGGAGUCGAAAGCAUGCCUAUCAGAGAACCUAGAGAACGAAGAAGAUGAGCGGACAGAAGAGGGGAGGCCAACUUCUGCAGAAGUAUGGGGCUUUGGCUUUCUCAGUGUUUCACUGAUUAACCUGGCCGCCCUCCUCGGAGUCUUCAUCGUUCCCUGCACCGAGAAGGUCUUUUUCACCCGAAUCCUAACUUAUUUCAUCGCGCUCUCCAUCGGGACGCUGUUCUCUAACGCACUGUUCCAGCUGAUCCCAGAGGCGUUUGGGUUCAAUCCUACGGAAGAUAAUUAUGUCUCCAAAUCUGCCGUCGUCUUUGGAGGCUUUUAUCUCUUCUUUUUCACGGAAAAGAUACUGAAGAUGCUUCUUAAGCAGAAGCACCAUCAUGGCCACAGCCACAACAGUACUGAGACCCUUCCUUCCAAGAAGGACCAAGAGGAAGGGGUCACUGAAAAACUUCAGAAUGGUGACCUGGAUCACAUCAUCCCUAAUAAUAAUAGCAAUCUGGAAUGCAAAAAUCCAACUGUUGAUGAGAAGAUUGUUGUCUCUCUAUCUGUUCAGGACCUCCAGGCAUCACAGAGCACAUGUUAUUGGCUGAAAGGUGUGCGGUACUCUGAUAUCGGGACCCUGGCCUGGAUGAUCACUUUGAGUGAUGGCCUUCACAAUUUCAUUGAUGGUUUGGCCAUUGGUGCCUCCUUCACUGUGUCAGUCUUUCAGGGGAUCAGCACUUCUGUUGCAAUUCUCUGUGAAGAAUUUCCCCAUGAACUAGGUGACUUCGUCAUUUUGCUGAAUGCCGGGAUGACAAUCCAGCAAGCGCUCUUCUUCAACUUCAUUUCAGCUUGCUGCUGCUACCUGGGGCUAGGCUUUGGGAUACUGGCAGGAAGUCACUUCUCUGCAAACUGGAUUUUUGCUCUUGCUGGUGGGAUGUUUCUCUACAUUGCACUGGCUGAUAUGUUCCCAGAGAUGAAUGAAGUCAGUCGAGAAGACGAGAGGAGCGGCAGCGCUUUGAUAGCUUUUGCGAUACAGAACGCAGGACUGCUCACAGGAUUCGCUAUUAUGGUGCUCCUCACCAUGUACUCAGGACAGAUCCAGAUUGGAUAGAGAUGUGCAUCUUGCUAGCUGCAGAUGUAUCGGAACUGUGUAAAGCACAGCAUUGCGCCAAGGAUUACAGAAGGGGGCACAUUUUUUAAACCUGCUUCAUAGACCUCCCAUUGACUGACCUACAGUGACUAUUGAAACUCCUUAUUGUUGGAUUAAGUGACCUAAGGACCAUUUCCUUGUGUAGCAACAAAAUCCCUCCUCCUCCCUUUCUCCUACAUAUUCUGCCAGGAAGAAAAAGCAUCCUGUUUCCUUUUGUUGUCUUAAGGGUUUCAACCAGAGAUGUUCGAAUUCUCACAUCCGUUUUGGUCUGGUGUUCCAGUAGAUUUGAAAUCAGGGAGGGCUCUUUCCUCCUUCCCCCUUAAAUUGCUGAAGAAAGAUAAUAGUUUGGAGUUUUCUACUGAGCAUCAGUUGGUUUGUUGAUAGCUAGUUUGGUUUAAAAGAUACCUCACAUUCUAAAAAGUCAAUGGCUCGCUGACUAAAAAAGUAAGUAUUUUAAGUGACUUACAAACUUACAAAAACUAUGGAUGGUAGGUAGCUUUUUGGAGAAAAGCCUGUGAUGAGUAGAGAAAGAAAGUGCUAUCUGCAACAUAAUUUAAACAGAAAUAAUCCCUCUCCCCAUAAUCUGAUCAUACAAAUAUAAGCAAUUGAUUUAUUUAAUUGACCUAAGGUGUUUUUUUUAUUAUCAGGUGUCAACAUUAGUAGUUAAACUGUUAGGGACAAAAGGAAAUUAAAAUCUAUUAAUUUUCUUGGACAAUUUCUAGCCAUCUACAAAAUAGGUACAACCCCUUUUUAGUUUCCUCUUCUCAUGUUUUAAGAGUGGAUCAGCCCUUCCUUUUCAUUUCUUUUGUCUUCCUAGAUUGAAGCACAUGAUGAGCCAGUGAAUAAUCUCUUUGGAAUGUGAACAUUUAUUGGUUGAAUUUGAAUUAUCAAGCAGUUGAAUUGUAUUUUUAGUUGAUGAGAAAGCCUUGCAGUUUAUGAAAGUUAAGCUAACGUUUGAACAGGUUUGUCUUGGGGGAUUUACUAUAGGAUUACGUUUCUCACUAGUCACUAGGUGAACUGAUGUAUUAUCAUAUUGAUAAUAUCAAAGCUAAUUGGGUGCAUAACAAACUUUCCACUUCACACAUCAUCUUUUAAGAAUUUGUGGUUGCUGUCCUUUAUUAAUGAAAGGAUGCCCAGUUCUCUGGCGGUCAAACUGAGGAAAUGCCUUUCCCUGUCAGAGUUUGUCUUGUGGCAAUGUUUGUGUGUAUAUAAAUCACUCUCUCCUGAUGCAAAAGGGAACGAAUGUGUCAUUUGCUCUCCUCCCUUUCCCUCAAAUUGGUUUGUGAUUCUGCAAACGGCUGGAUAUCUCCAUUGUAUUCUUUGAGGGGAGAGGCUGUAUUCUCAAAACACUGUGCUGGUGAGGCGACAAAUCCAAAUGGCAUCUUUCCCCUUGCAUCAUAUAAUUAAUGUGAUACCCACAAAGAAGUUAGUCCUCUUGCAUAAACAAAUGGAAGCUGACCAGAAACCUUUAAUGACAACUGCAUUCGCUUCCUUGCAUACCCAUUGCAACGCUGCCUCUCUGUAUCAUGGGAAACUUGAAGGCACCUGGGACCCAGUGUGCCUCUCCUUGAAGUGCACUAGAUUGCUUUUUUCCAACCCAUUAAAAUGUUAACUGAUUAGAAAAAAAAUACCCAUUAUUGACAGUUCAAUGGGACCUGGGAGUGCAAAACGGAGUAUAAUGUAACUGUCAUAUUUAUAGUAAUGGAUGUAAUAAUUAAUGCCAGUUUAACUAAUCUGACUUUGCAAGCAAUUGUUUCCUUGCUGUUACUCACUCUGGUGGCAUCCAGGGUAUUGCUAGCAAUGUACUCCUUCUUGGUAUAUUGAAAACUCAGCAAUGAGGCUGAUUCAGACAGCCAAAGUGUUUUUCCAGUUGCUGCUUAGGGCCAAACAAGAUGAGAUACUAUUUGCAAAAUGGGGAAUUGUGGAACAGUCUUCUUAAAAAUGGAAAACUGGCUUAGGAGCCCUGCACCCAAUUGGGAUUUCAGGGGUCAAAAGAGACAAAGCCCUCCCUAACCCUGAGGUUACAGUUCCCUGGUACCUCUCAUUUGUCUCUAAAAACCAAUUGUGCAAUGACAUCUCAUCUGGUUUGGCCUUUAUUCUGGUGCUUGCUGUCGUGUGUUCAGACAAGAGGCAUUGGAAUUGCUCUUUCUUUUAGAAGACUGCCACAGAGAUGGGUCUGGAAAAAUGGUACUGGUAUGAGGAUCACCAAGAGCUGGCUCUGGGUGGCCCUAAACAGAGUAACACUGUUGAUUUUCAAAGUAUAAUAAUCUCUUUACAGGCUGUUAUUCUGAGAUGUUUAAAGGUGGCCUCUGGAUAAACAUUGCAGUUCAGAAAUGUCCCCAAGUUCCAUAGAAGAUGCAACGUUUGAGCAUGCCUACAAAGUUGAGACCUGGGAAGCUCAGAGUACUUUCCAGGGGGGCUUUGUAGUGAUAUUCCUUCCUUAUUUCCAUAAUAAGGAGGUACUCAUUGGGGUUUUCCCAGCAAGUUACAUUGCUAAAUGCCACACUACCCUUAGAGGACCCUUACUGGUAUUUGACUAUUCAUUCAUUUCUACUAGAACAAUAGGCACUAAUAUAGUUGCUAGAAUUAGUUAGGGUUACAGUUGUGUAUAGCAGGAAUUUUAAUGUUUACUACUCUGCUAUGACCCUAGUAGCCAUUUUGAAUAAAGAGGCUUAGAAUGUUAUAAUA